UAUCAAUACCCACAACUUACAUUUCUGAAUCCGCUUUCUUGCCUCGUUUCUUGCUCUUUCUCUCUAUCCUUUUCUAGUUUCUUUCACUUUGUUGAUUGUAGUUUGAUAUUGCUGAUUUGGGAUUCUGGGUGUUCUUUAGAUUGGUAUUUCGGAUUCUGGGUGUUCUUUAGAUCGGUAUUUCGGAUUCUGGGUGUUCUUUAGAUUGGUAUUUUUGGCUUUCUAUUGUACUGGGAUUAUGUGUUUCUUUUACUUUAUGAUUGUGGACAUAUUAACUCUUUUUCCCUUUCUUAACUGGGUUUUCAUUGUUUAGUGAAUUGUGAUUCUGUAUUUAUGGGAAGGAGAAGAUCAUGCUCACGUGCUGAAACGAAUUAGAUUAUAGAGUUAUAAGGGCCAAGUUACUGGGCGUGAAAGAAAAAUUUGGACGAGAGAUCCGUGUGUUUGAGACAAUGCCACCAUCUUCAUCAACUGAGGAAUUAUCCAACACUGGUGACGAGCCAGAUGAUUUUUAUGAAUUUACAGCGGAAGACUACCAUCGAGUAUUAGCAACCAAAAAGGAUGCAGAGAAAUAUUUGAAAACACGGAAGUUGAGAGAGGCAGAACAGGCAGCUCGCAGGUCAAAAAUAACAAAGGUCAGGGUACGAGUUCGCUUUCCUGAUAAUCACACUUUAGAGGCGACUUUUCAUCCAUCUGAAACAAUGCAGACCUUAGUUGAUCUUCUUACCAAAGUAGUUGCUCAACCAGAAUUACCAUUUUAUAUUUAUACCACACCUCCCAAGAAACAGAUAAAAGACUUGACACAGGAUUUUUAUUCUGCUGGCUUUGUUCCUGGUGCAAUCGUCUACUUUUCAUAUGAUCUACCUGAAGGCGAAGCAGUUGGUUCUGUCUCUUACCUUAAUGAAGAUGUCAUGGCUUUGAAAGGUCUAGAAUUCGUGAGCGAAGAAGAGGAGCCUAUACCGGUUGUUGCAGAGCCUGAAACAGCAGUAUCUCCUCCUGCCCCUACCCCUGUUGUCAAGGAAACCAAGGCUACUGACAAGAAAGCUAUCAAACCCAAGUGGCUGAAAAUGUAAAGACUGCUCAUAUUUUGUAAACUCUACUGCAGACCAGCUUUGAUGCGCUGGUAGAGAGCCAGUUCUAACCCUGAGUCAAGAUGAGAGUGGACAGAGAAAUCCUCCAGAAAUUGUGUUUGGUUGAAAGUAGUUGUGUAAGGUGAUGAAGUUGAAGAGUUGGGUUUUUCUUUUCUUGGUUGUUUGUUUGAACUUGUUAAUACCCUGUUAUAUUCCAUCUUCAAUGAUGAUAAAGGAUUUUCUUCAA